CACUCGCCCGCACGGCCACCAUGAAGAUCACGAACUCUGCGGUGCCCGUCUACACAAUCAGCGGCAGCGAGGCGCGUCCUCUGCCGGAGUGGCUGAUUCGCAGAAGAAAGCGGAGCUUGAAGAACGACCCCGAGUUCGCCAACCGCGUAGAGCUGCUGCAGGACUUUGGCUUCGAGGAGGCCAGCCAGUGCGUGCGCGUCAGUCCCGACGGCGACUGGGUCAUGUCCACGGGCACCUACAAGCCCCAGAUCCACGCCCACUACCUGCCCCACCUCUCCCUCUCGUUCGCCCGCCACACAAACACCCUCAACGAGACCUUCCGCAUCCUCUCGAGCGACUACACGAAGAGCGUCCACCUCCAAGCCGACCGGGUGAUCGAGUUUCACACCGGCGGGGGACUGCACCACGCGACGCGCAUACCCCGUUACGGGCGGGACUUGAUAUACGACAGGCGAUCCGCAGAAUGUCUGGUGCCGUCGGUCGGCGUGAACGCAGACGGGCUCGGCGAAGCCUUCCGUCUGAACCUCGAGGUGGGACGCUUCAUGCGCAGCUACGAGAUUGACGUGGGUGGAGAUGAUCUCUUGACAGCAGCGCCAGGGUCGCUGCAGGGCGGCGUUGAGGCCGGCGCCGUCAACACUGGUGCGAUCGCAGAAGACAGCCACAACCUCUUGGCUUUCGGUACAUCGCUGGGCACAGUCGAGUUCUGGGACUCAAGGUCAAGGAACCGGGUUGGCAUUCUGUCAGCGCCGCAAGACGCCUUCGAAGGCCGGUCAGAAGUCACAGCGCUCACGUUCCCUCGGUCAGGGCUGAAUCUCGCGGUCGGAAAUUCGAAGGGAUUGGUGCAUCUCUACGAUCUGCGAUCACCCACGCCGUUGCUCAAGAAGGACCAAGGAUAUGGAUUCGCCAUCAAGAACAUCAUCUACCUCGAAAACAACACCUCAUCGCGCGGCCAAGUCACCGAGCCCAAGAUCCUUACCGCCGACAAGCGCAUCAUCAAGAUCUGGGACCCUCAAAGUGGCACGCCAUGGACGUCGGUCGAGCCUGCCGUCGACCUGAACCACGUCGAGUGGGUCAGGGACAGCGGUAUGCUCCUGACUGCCAACGAGGGAAAACAGCAGCACUCGUUCUUCAUCCCGCAGCUCGGCCCGGCACCCAAAUGGUGCGCCUUUCUCGACAACAUUGUCGAAGAAAUGGCCGAAGACCCCAACGACCCCAACGCCUUCGGCGCCGGCUCCACAGGCGAAGUCUACGACAACUUCAAGUUCCUCACCACCGCGCAGCUCAAGACCCUCAACCUCGACCACCUCAUCGGCACGACCAGCCUGCUCCGCCCCUACAUGCACGGCUACUUCGUCGCACAGAAGCUGUACGAAGAGGCGAAGCUCAUCUCGAAUCCCGACAUGUGGCAGGAACAGCGCGCCAAAUCCAUCGCGGACAAGAUCAACAAGGAGCGCGAGUCCCGCAUCCGCGGCAACAAGAAGGUCUCGGUCAAAGUCAACAGAGCUCUCGCCGAGAAGAUGCAGGCCAGGGAAGAAGAAAAGGAACGCAGACGCGCCAAGCGCGUGCUCAAGAAGGGCGGCGACGACGACAUGAUGCUCGAUGCCGCCGCACCUGCAGUCGAGGCGCCCGAGAAGCCUGCUGGUCUGCUCGGCGACGCCCGUUUCGCCCGGCUCUUUGAAGACGAAGACUUCGAAGUCGACGAGCAGUCCCACGAGUUCCAGGCCAUCAACCCCAGUACAAAGAUACCCAAGGGCCUUACUGCCGCCGAACAGGAAGACCUCGAGUCGCGACCUGGCUCAGACACAUCGGACUCCGACGGCUCCGAAGCCGAAGAGCGGCCCGUCCGCAAACCACCAGCCGAUACACGCAUCUCCUCCUCUUCCUACCGCAAGGCCGGUCACAACAACCCCAUGCUGCAGAAUCAGCGCGGGCCGCAGAUGGUGGUGUCGAACUCGAAUUCGAAAAAGAACGCUCCAAAGGCUGAUAAGACGUUCGGCUCGCGAGUAUCUAAGCUCAAAGACCGCACACCAAAGUCCAGCACAACCACCGUCGUUGGUGAGCGCGAAAUCACAUUCGCACCCGAACAGAAGACGAAGAAGAAACCGCAAGGCGGAGAGGCCGGGCAGAGGCACGACAGGCGGAAGGAGAAGAACAUCCGCAGUGCAAGUGGAAACGCGUUUAGGGGGAUGUAGAGCCUUCAUGUCAAAAGUGAGCACAUACAGCAUAGGCAAGGAGUCAAU